AUGCUCAAUCUUGUCGCCACAAAUGAAGACGAAGUUCGAGACAUGUGUUCAUUUGUGUUAUAUUGGCCACAAAUCGAAAAGAAAUCAUCCAAUGGGACCGUGGAUUGGCCUUCCUCCGAAUCCGCUUUCCUGCAGGGCCACGAUGCGGACGUACUGAGGAGCUCACUCUCAGAUGGAGGUGUCGUCGUUUCUGUCUUUCAUCCCACCCGCGCCGCCCAGUGGAUCGCCUCCAAUUACGACCACUUUCUUGUCGCAUGCGGUCGGAGCAAAGGCCUUGUUCCCAUGCCCUUCAUGCUUUCUCCCUAUACGGAGGGCUUUGCAGUAUUCGCAUCGUCUACGAAUCGUUUGGCCGCGAAAGUGGCGCAAUGUUUAGCUAACGAGUCGGGACUCCCUGUGAUGGUCAGGUCGGACAUUAGCAUCGAUAUCUUAACCUCAAACCUCUUCUCCACAAGUCCAAGCUCCGGCCAUAACAGUAAUGAUAUUGGAUGUGAUGCUGGUCAUGAUGGGAAGGGUCAGCCAGAUGGUAGUGAAGGGCAAGGGAAGGCGAAAGAGAAGGUGAGAGGGAGAGCGAAGGGAAGAGGGAAGGGGGCAAGGAAGGGGGGAGGAAACGGGAACGCGAAUGGGAACGGGAAUGGAAAAGGGAAAGGGAACGGGAAAAACGCAGAUGAUCGGCUCGGAGGAGACGAGAGCCAUGGAGGCGGCGGUGAUGGCCCAGGCCGUCGUGGUGGUGGUGGUGGUGGUGGUGGUGGUGGUGGUGGUGGUCCAGGAGGUAGUGGUCCGGGAGGCGGUGGUGAUCCGGGAGGUGGUGGUAAUGGAGCUGGCUUCCCCACGAACAAUGGAUUGCGUUGGCCCGCGGACUCAGACACACAUCAAGUGGCCAUCACACUUCCGUUCGACGCAGAGGAUCGUAGGGAAUCGAUAAAAGUCUACUACUCCUUCUAUUUCUCUAGCCCUGAUGGGCGUACCUUUAAUGCGCAUAUCGAAAACUUCAAUAUACGGACUAGGGAGAGUGACGCACAACUAGAUCGAUCAUACGGGGAGCUUGGGAUUGUGGGCCCAAAGAACGCCUUUUAUACGGCGUGGUUUCAUGAGAAUGAUCACGGCCCGCCACCUGUUCAAAUCAAGAAGACAGAAGGACACGGACGGUCAAAAACAGGUUCGCUCUCUGCAGGUGUAUCAAGCGGUAAUGCGGCUGUUACCGGGACACUUUCCGUCACGUCUACGGGUCAGAACACCACCGAGCAACAAGAGAUGCAGAAGGGUUGCGACGUAAUUAUGAAUGAUUUCGAUGUCGAAUCUUUUGCGGUCACGUACUCCCGGAGGCCUGAUUACAUGACAAAAGCUGGACUGGAUGUCUCGUUCGGUAUGGAGGUCAGGACAAGUUCAUCGAAAACUCGACCUCUUCCACUGUCGUUUGUCUUCAGAAAUCAGUUGAACUUCAUCAUGGCCACCGGUGAUGCGCGUGUUCCUAAAUGCGGAGUCGUGGUUCUUCUCUCUCAUUAUUUUGCGGAUAUCCGAGAGCCCGAACCCAUAAUCAUACAAGAGACGUCUGAGCUUGACCCAAGUCGAGAGUCUUCAACGCCAAUCAGCUCGCGCUCUUCGGACGGGGCUCGUCAGGAUGCCGCAGCAUUUGCAUUAUUCGCCGGCAGGAAGGAACAUAAUAAGUCAACUUCGAUCUUUGACUCUGUUUUCAAGAAGGCCACAAAUACUACACAACCGAUUCAGCCUCACCCUAUGGACCUAAAUAGUGCGCAACCAGUAUCUUCCAACUCUUCUGCCAUCUCGUCUAGGUACGGAAAACAUUGGGAGCGUAAAAAGGUACCGAUUGACUUUCAUCUUCACGAGCUGCUCGCUCGUGGAUGGGAUCACGUGAACAAACGGUGGAUCAAUCCUCUGUGGCCCAAACUCUGCGAGCAUCUCCAUGCGUUUGACAGCAGUACUCCCCCCUGCCAUUCCAAGGGGAAUAAUCGUGGAAAGGAGCCUGCCUAUACUCUCGUCCUGAAACACAAGUUGGGUCACCUCGAGCCUUUGAGCUCUGAGGGCCCGACUCGGACCACUGGCAGUGACAAGUCCCCUGAAACUCUAUCUAACGUCGUUACUGCUAGUUCAUCUGACUUAGACUCUGAUCGUGAAAACGUACUGGUGCCUCAUUUUAUGGAGCAGUAG